AUGUGUGCGAGUCCACUCUGCCAGCAUAAAAGAAUACGGCCGAGGAGGUUUGAACUUCAGGGUGUAGAGAAGGUCACGGUCUACAAUGACACGGAUCCAUAA